UACUUUUACACCAUUUUCGCCGUUAGGCAAGAAAAGUUCCUUGACGAUUUUGACGAACCAGCCACAACAAGCAACUAGUUCCCGAAAAAAUCUUAAUUCUCUAACUGUAGAUAUAAUCACUCAGAAUUAUUUUAAAAAUGACUAUAGCACGCAGUGUGCAGGAGACCAUGAGGCUUCCACCAUUACCUACAAUUAGAGAUAUAUUAAAGCUUUAUCGCUUGCAAGCCUUACGGCAGUUGUCACAGAAUUUUCUGCUGGACCAACGGCUGACAGACAAAAUAGUGAAGGCAGCUGGAAACAUUAGCAACAGUGAAGUAUGUGAAGUUGGACCUGGCCCUGGUGGAAUAACUCGCUCCAUCCUUAACAAAGGACCAAGUAAACUUAUUGUCAUAGAGAAGGACAAACGCUUUGCACCUGCAUUAGAUCUCUUGGUUGAGUCAUCUCACCAGCGCAUGCAGGUUAUCCUGGGUGACGUAAUGAACUUUGACAUGAGCAAAAUGUUUUCUGAGGACAAGAGGAGGGAUUGGGAGGAUCGUCCACCACACAUACACAUCAUUGGUAAUCUUCCAUUUAGUGUCUCAACACCACUUAUCAUCCGCUGGCUCCAAGCAAUGUCUGAGAGACAAAAUGCUUGGUCAUACGGUCGUACUCGGCUUACAUUAACAUUUCAGAAGGAAGUGGGAGAAAGAAUGGUUGCUGACAUCAUGUCAGAGCAGCGCUGUCGACUAUCUGUCAUGUGCCAGAAUUGGUGCACAGUGAAGCAUAAAUUCAUUAUACCUGGAAAGGCUUUUGUUCCAAAACCAGAAGUGGAUGUUAGUGUUGUACACUUCACACCACGGAUUCAACCACAGAUUCCUCUGCCAUUCAAACUGAUUGAGAAAGUUGUGCGCAACAUAUUUGGUUUCCGUCAGAAGUACAGCAUUCGAGGGGCAGAGAAGUUGUUCCCAGUCCCAGUACGACAAAAACUUGGCACGGAGAUGUACCAUCUUGCAGAAAUUGAUCCCACAACACGACCAUUUCAGCUCACUGUUGAAGAGUUUGGGAGACUGUGUCAUGCAUACUGCAAGAUAUGUGACCAGGAUCCUAGGCUUCAUAAGUACAACCAUCGAGCAGCCAGAGAAGAACGUGAAGACUUUGACAGCUUGUACGAAGAAGAACAAGCCUUAUUGGAAACUGUAUCACAGACAAAUAUGUGAUGGACACUAAAUUAGUGAUUGUAGAAAAAUUUUCUGAAUACCUUGUGUCACCUUGAAUGUCAAGUACUUGGGUUUCAGAAUUUGUGAGUCUGUGAUUGAUGAAAUUUUGUUUCUUCGUACAGAUAUCACAUAAAAAAUUAGGAUACUAAAUGCAUAGUGGAGUCUCUGUUCAUCCACUUGGUCAUUACAUUGUUUUUAUGGAAUCAAAAUUGUCAUUGCUGUAUUUAUUCACAAAAGCCUGCUAAUAAACACUGUUAAACUGAA